GAUAGGUACGAGGAAGAGAAAAAAGAUGCCGGAAAGAAUAUGAUGAGCUUGAGGAAGAAGAAGCUGGAGAAGUUCCUCAAGCUGAAGGAGAAGAAUCAGAAGAAAAUGAAGGCACAGAAACUGAUCAACAAGAAGAAGCGAACUGAGCUGCGACUACGCACAUUGCGGUACGAGAAGGAGUACGAAGAGGAACGGAAGAAAAUCAUGCAACUUAAGAGAGAGGCAAGGAAAAACAACUGCUUCUACAGAGAAGCAGAAAAGAAAGUCGUUUUUGUAAUCAGACUCAAGGGAGUAAAUAAACUCUCCCCAAAAGUCCGAAGCGUUUUUCGUCUUUUAAGACUCCUUCAAAUACACAACGGAGUUUUCGUAAAAGUCAACAAGGCCACUAAGGAAAUGCUAAAAAUCGUGGAGCCAUUUGUUACCUAUGGAUACCCAACCAUUUCAACCGUCAGGAAGUUAGUGUAUAAAAGGGGUUACAUUAAAAUAGGAAAAGUCAGAAGAUAUGCCAGAAAAAAAAUUCAAGAUAACCAAGAUAUUUCAAAGUAUUUAGGAAGGUAUAAUGUACAUGGAGUUGAGGAUAUGAUUCACCAGCUUUAUACAUGUGGACCUGCUUUCAAAAAAGUAAAUAAUUUUCUGUGGGCUUUUAAGCUGAAGCCUCCCAAGAAGGGUUUCAAAGCCAAGAGACACGCAUUCAAUGAACCCAGGCCAGGUGAUUGGGGAAACAGGGAGACGCACAUAAAUGAGUUAAUCAAGCGGAUGAUCUAG